AUGGAUCAGAUCAAGAAGCGCAUGAAUGCCCUCCGCAUCGAGGCCGACGAGUCCGCCGCAAAGGUCGAUGAGCUCUCCACCAAGGUCAAGUCGCUCGAGCAGGAGAACUUGCAAAAGGAGCAGGAGAUCACUUCCCUCCAACACAAGAACAGCAUGCUCGAGCAGGAAGUGGAGAAGCUUGAGAAGCUGCACGGCGACGCUAAGGCCGCCGCAGACGAGAGCGCACAGCACGGCACACAAAACGAUGCUCUUCAGAGAAAGCUUCAGCUGCUUGAGGAGGAGGCCGAAGAGAACGACAAGCAGUUGAGGGAGACCAACGAGAAGCUCCGUCAAACCGAUGUCAAGGCCGGUCACUACGAGCGUAAAGUCCAGGCCCUCGAGUCAGCACGAGACCAGUGGGAGACCAAGUACGAGGAGAUGGCCAAGAAAUACGCCGAUACCAAGAAGGAACUCGACGACUUUGUUGCUGAGAUUGGCAACAUCUAA